AUGCAGGCCUUCCAGACUCGGAUCGCUGACAUCGUAAAGAAGAGCAACCGCCGGAUGCUCGUGUGGGAUGAGACCAUCCUUCAGUACGGGCUGGCAGGAACUCCUGCCUUGCCCAAGGAUGCCAUCAGCAUUGCGUGGCAGACAACCACACAAGCAGACCUGGAGAGGGUCGCAAUCGUUGGCCCGAUUGUGGUAGCAUCGUCCUCGAACUUCUAUCUGGACUGUGGCCCUCAAGCCACUUGGUGUGCUCCUUUCAAAACCUGGGAAACCGUUUACGAUUAUGAUCCGACCGGUGAACUGUCUGCUCCUGCGAAGGCAAACGUUAUUGGGGGUGAAGUCGCCAUGUGGAGCGAAACUAUGAAAUGCAACGUGCUCGAGUUCGCCAUCUUCCCGCGAGGCGCCGCCGCAGCCGAACGCUUGUGCUCUCCCCCAUCCACCGCCCGGACCGCCAACACCUCAGCCCAUAUCAAAUACUGUCAAGGGAAGGGAAUCAAGAUUUUGAUUUCUCUAGGCGGUGCCAGCGGUGCGUACUCGCUGUCUUCUCCCGAGACAGCCAACAAGGUUUCUCAGGAAAUGUGGGAUCUUUUCCUCGGGGGUAACGCUCCCAACCGUCCGUUCCUUGACGCCGUUCUCGAUAGUGUCCAUUUGGACAUUGAGGGCGGAGGAGCGUAG